AGCCGUACAUGUUUGAUUAUUGAAAUUGACAGUCACAAAAAAAAUUAACUAAAGCAGUUAAACGCCUUGAUUUUCAUUUUACAGAGAGAUAAGACCGGAAUGCAUGAAAUGUUGUUAAUUAAAAUGAACACUUAUUUAAUUAGAGUAAAUCCCAUAACAGAUAAACUAUAAAUAAAGCAUUCUGGUUACACAUUUUAGUUACUUUUACAUUGCUGUACAACAAUGCAGACGUUUAAAUUAUAUAUUCUUCUAACAUUACUAGGCAACGUUUAUAUGCUCAUUCCAAAAACAUACGAAGCGCGUCACGUUUCCUGGAACUCGACAGGCUCAAUACUCGACUUUCGCGUUCGACUUUUAGGACGCGAUCGCAGAGUCAAUGGAUCCCUAAUAAUAACUGAGGAUAUGGAUAAUAAACAUUAUACCAUAUCAGCGCAAACUUUUAACGAUUUCGAUGGCAGUGGAAGCUACAAGCAGACGCCAUACUCCAUCGCCGAACAAUCCAUUUGCCAAGCAGUGAGAUAUUUUUGGAUUUUCUUUAAGAACACCUUUAAGUAUGGUGUCAAUACGGAUUGUCCCUUCGUAUUGAAUCCGUGUCCGAUUCCCAAAGGAGACUACUACAUAAAGGAUAGCGUGUUAAAAACAGACGAUUGGCCAGUUAUAAUGCCGAGAGGAUUUUUAAAGGGAGUUGCUACCUUUAAGAAGGAUGGUGAAGUUAUCAGCAUACAAGAAGUAGUUAUUCACAUUGUAGAUCGCCUUUGAUGGUUGGUCAAAGUAUUCA